AUGGCCGAGUCUACGUCUUUUGACGCGAAUGCUCACAACGGCAACACCGACUUCCACUCCCCGCGACCGCGCAAACCCACGAGGAUCGACUUGCUCAAGCCCCAACUCAGCGACGAGGCGUUUAACAAGAAUGGCACGCUCCGGGAGCCCGGCUCAGGCAUCUCUAGUGGAAGAAGCACACCCAUACCCGACGAUGCCCCGCCUUCCGUCCAGGCCUCCUCGUCCGCACGCAGACAGAUACGCGCCCAGCACAAGCAGCGCAUAUUCCCUACCAUCGACUACGUGGAUCGCGUCUCCCACUUCGACCCAAACAGCGACUACCAUGACUUCCGCGGCUUCUUCGUCCUCUUCUGGAUCGGACUUGCUAUCAUGGUCAUUACAUCCAUGCUGCGCAACAUGACCGAGACUGGAUACCCCUUCCAGAUGAGACAGUGGGCGCUGUUCAAGGAGAAGGUUGUCGAGCUUGGUCUAGUCGACGGUGCCAUGGUGUUCAGCACCGCCCUGUCGCUGCCACUCCAGAGGCUGUUUCUCAAACAGGGGUCUCUACGCUGGAACACGUCUGGCAUAGCUAUACAGAGCAUAAUUCAGGCAAUUUGGCUCGCUUUCUGGACUACAUACCCUUUCAUUCGCGACUGGAGCUGGACCGCGCAGGUCUUCUUCACUCUGCAUCUGCUUGCGAUUUUCAUGAAGAUGCACUCUUACGCUUUCUACAACGGUCAUCUUAGCGAAACUCUACGGCGCUUGAACGAUCUUGAUACACCCGACAAGGCCAGCAAGGUAGCUGCAGUGCGCUAUCCAAGCUCAAGCACUCAUUUGCACGAGAUCCCGCAAUCGCCCUCACAGGAGGAACCCGACCCGAAGAAGGCCAACGCAGAGUAUCUUGGCCAGUUGAGAGAUGAUCUCGCAUUGGAGCUUGCUUCGCCUCUCGGAAACGUCUCCUACCCCAACAACCUCACCCUGUAUAACUUUGUCGACUUUAUUUUCUGCCCAACCUUGUGUUACGAGCUGGAGUACCCGAGGAACACCAGCAUCCGCUGGUUGGAGGUCUUCUACAAGACUCUUGCCGUAUUCGGAUGCAUCUUCUUGAUGGUCAUUACUGCGGAGGAGUUCAUCCUCCCAGUGCUGGACGUAUCGGCUGUGCGACUCCAGAAUUCCAAGGGUGCUACUGAUUUUACGUUGAUUCUCAGCGAGACUAUCGGCCGUCUGCUCUUUCCGUUCAUGAUUACUUUCCUGCUAGUCUUCCUCGUCAUCUUUGAGUACAUCCUGGGUGCUUUUGCAGAGAUAACACGCUUUGCCGACCGUCAAUUCUAUGCAGACUGGUGGAACAGCUGCGACUGGUUGGAAUUCUCGCGCGAAUGGAACAAGCCUGUUCACCAUUUCUUCCGACGACACGUCUACUCUGCAUCCAAGAACCACAUGUCGCGUCCUCUGGCUACAACAAUCACCUUUCUCAUCUCCGCAUUGGCGCAUGAGCUUGUCAUGGGCUGCAUUACACGAAAGUUCAGAGGCUACGGUUUCGUUGCGAUGAUGCUCCAGAUGCCGAUUGUAAUGUUGCAACGAAGCAAGUGGGUUAGAGGCCGCACUCUGUUGAACAACGUUCUCUUUUGGUGCAGCAUGAUCUUGGGGCUUAGCAUGAUGUGUGCUUUAUACAUCUUUCCAAGUCCCAUCUUUCCGUCAGACAAUAUCAUGUCGGAGCUACACGAAGCGCUCGCGUGCCUCCGGCCGAAGGAGUUCAGCGACGUCCCUACCGACAACCUCCAGACAUUCCUAUCCGAAAUACUGGCCAAAGCAGAAGUGAUCGCGAACUCUGUGCCUCCACCACCCAAUGGAACGCCUUACGAGUCGUCACAACGAACCCGAACCGAGCAAGAACCUGCAACAGGCUCCAAGGACCUCACAAUUUCCCAAGUCCGCCGGCCACCACCUGCGCCAGAGCAUGAAGAGCUGCAGAAGUCAUGGGGCAAGCCCGUGAAGCUAGGAAAUAAUGAUGCCGCCACAGGCAUGAGCGUCUACAAGAUGGCCGGAAAGGAUAGGCAUGGAGCCUGGUUCUCGCGCUCGAGCGUACACGAGGGCCUCGGGUUCGAGAAGUGGAAGCGCGCCAUGAAGAGGGAGUUCCCGGAGAGCCUGGAAGUCCAAGGUGGCCCCGGCGAGGGCAACAUUAGAGGCAUUGGAGGAGACCAGAGACUGGAGGACAUGACAGUCGACGGCGUUGGUCAGCUGCAAGUCUACCAGCUAUCCGCGCAAUUCCCUGGCCCGACCUCACCGCGAGAGUUCAUCACCCUACUCAUCACCUCGGACACAUGUCUUACCGAUGCCUCCAAAGUCGCCAACUCAACACCGCGACACUUCAUGGUCGUUUCCAUACCCUGUUCACAUCCCGAUGCGCCGCCGCGAAGCAACAUGGUGCGAGGCUUCUACGAGUCAAUCGAGAUGAUCAGGGAGAUACCCAUGGGCGACGGCGACGCAGAGACCAACCCUAUCGAGUGGAUAAUGGUCACCCGCAGUGAUCCUGGUGGUGGUAUUCCUCGAUUCAUGGUCGAGCGGAAUGUGCCUAGCAGCAUAGUCCAGGACGCGGUCAAAUUCCUCGACUGGGCGUGUGCUAAAGACGACGACCUCGAGGCAGAUGGAAUGGCAGGCAAAGACGACUCUGCGGAGACGCCUAAAGCGCACGACACUGGGCGGACAUUCUCCGCAACUGAUGCGAACGGUAUGGGUGCCGGAAUAGGAACCAGCAUAGUGGACAAAACUGGGGAGGCUGGCAGCCAAUACAGCUUACAACGCACAAGAUCGGAUAGCUCCUCAAGCUCGUCGUCUUCCGGCGAGUCUUUCGCAUCUGCAGAACAGUUCACUACUGCCCGCGAAGGACUCCCAAUCGACCGAGAGAUCCCGACACCAUCAACUUCGUCGCAACAGUCCCUACCGUUGACAGAAGACAGCCCACAUCACAAGGGCUUACAAAAGAUUGAAGAAAAGAAGGAGCAGCUGAAGGCGAAACUCGACCAAGCGCGCGAAAAGCAGGAGUCGGGACUACAAGCUGAAAGCCAGAAGGCGAAUGCGGACAUGCAAAAAGCGAAUGAGAAGCACGAGAGGGAGAAGAAGAAACAGAAAGAGAAGUAUGAGAAAGAGAUGCGCAAACUCGAAGAGCGCCGCGAGAAAGAGACAAAGAAACUGCUCCUCCGCCAACAGAAGGAAGCAGAUAAGAAUCAACUUGCCAAAGCGCAACGCGAGCGGGAUGAGUUCAAGCAGCGCGUGGAGAUACUGGAGCAGGAGAACAAGUUGAUUAAGGAGCAGAUUGGUGACCUGCAACAUGAAAACACGACGCUCGUAUCUCGGUUGGGAAAGACUCCCGAAGGCAUUGAGAUCCUGAGGUCGAUCAAGGAGGGGGAUAAGGGCAGAAUAAGGGCAAGCUCAAGAACGAGUGUGAGCUCCGGGAUGAGUGGAACGAGGAGCAAAGCUUCGAGUGGUUCGUCGAACACGCUGCCUAGGGCUGGUACAACAAACUUUUGA